AUGCGUGGAGCUUGUGUCGGGUGGGAGGAAAGGUGCAUCCACUGGAUCCCGCCGCCGGUUGACUGGGUGAAGGUGAAUUCUAACGGCAGUGUUGAUCCAUCCAUAGGAGUUGGCUAUGCGGGUGGAGUUAUUCGGGAUUGCCAUGGUAGAUGGUUGGAGGGUUUUAUGAUGAAGGUCGGGUUUUGUACCAUUACUGGUGCGGAGCUUUGGGGUUUAUUCCAAGCCCUAGUACUAGCAUGGGAUCUUGGUUAUAAGAAGGUGAAGGCGGAAGUGGAUAGCUCAAGUGUUGUGCUGAUGGUGAAGGGUGACGAAGAAGUAUUAGGGGCGGAAUUAGCUGAAAUUCCGGCUUCAGUGCUCCAAUUGUUCGACUCUGAGAUGAAGGUAAUUGAUGGAAAUGAUAAUAUUGCUGUUAAUUUUGGUUUGAUAGGUUUCGUUGAUGCUGAAUUCAUUCCUAUUGAGGAUUUGAGCGGUGUUUUAGUCGAAACUGUUUGCGAUGCUGAUGGUUUGAUUGGAGUUCGUAAAUUUGAAAGUAUGCAAUCCAAAUUAGAAUUGAACUCUGUAGUUCAGGUUGGUAAGCUUGUUGAUAUGAAUUACUUGAAUGAUACUACUGGGGUUAAAUUGGGGAACCUUAAUGAAGUAAUUGAUGAAGUUGAGAUAAAUUUAGAGGUUUCUGUAGGUUUAAAGGAAGUCACUGACGAAUGUGUUGAAUUAUUUGAUUUAAAUCCUUUCUGGAAUGGAAUAUUUGGCUGUAACUCAAUUUAUGUAGAUCCGAGAGGAAUUGAAUGUCCUAGUUGUAUUGAUGUUUCGUCUGAGCAUUCAAGUGUUACUUGUGUGAUUGCUGUUGGAAAUGAAUUUGCUGCUGUGGGGAAGUUUGGAUUACUAGUAAAUGGUUUUAAAGGAGGAACAAUAUUCUUCGAUGAGGCAAAUCUUUUUGCAUUUGAAUUGGGUGACAGUGUGUUGGUGGACAGUGUAGGAACACCUUAUGGUACUGUGGUUGAUGGUCCCAGUGAUGUUGAUAGUAUAAAUUGUGAUGUGAUUUCUAAUGAGUUGCUGUCAAGGGAUGAGUUAAAUGGUGUCCUUAUUGAAACCUUGUGUGACUCUGUUUGUUUGAUUGAUGUGGAUAAGGGGUUAGAACUGAAUGAUGAUUGGGUUGAGUUUGAAAUGGUGAGAAAUGUUGAAUCUGAAAUUGAGAUCAGUGUUUGUAGGAAUCAUGCUGUGAAUAGAAGAAAUUACGUGAACCUUUUUGUUAAUGAUCCCGGAGGAAUAAUUGCGUGUUUAGUUCCUCGAGUACCUGAAAAUGUGUGGAAGGAAAUUCUGAAAAUUCGUGAUUCUCGUCCCAUGACUGAAAACAAAAGAGCUGUGAAUAUGCUUGAUGAAGUAAGGAGUAUCUUGACUCAUUUCAUUUAUGCUGGAGUAUCAACUGAAAGUGAGAAUGGGGCAUCUGGGGAUGUAAAUAACAGUUGUGGCAGUUUGGGUCAUGAUCAUGAUGUCAACAUUGUUUAUUUAAUCACUGGAAUGAUGGGAGUUCAUCUUGAGUCACGUGUGAGGCUGCUUGUUGUUUAUACUUGUUUAAAGGAGAUGAAUCAUGUAAAGGAAAUCGUUGACAGUACUGAGGAUAAUAAUGAGCAUCUUGAUCUGUUCCUUGCUGCAAAGACGGAUGCUGGGGUUGAGUGUGUACCGGACAUAAUAGCUCUAAUUCUUCCUGACCAAUUCAUGCAGCUAAAAGGUUCCAAUACAAUAACCACAAAAAGGGAACUACAGAUUAGAGGUAAACUCUUCCAUUUUGAAAGUGUUAAACCCCUGGGAACAGGCGAGCAGGAAAAUUUGCCUUCGAGGAGUGUUAGUGAUAAGCUAGGGCUGAAAUCUAACUCCGGCUGCAAAGAUGCUGCGGUUGGUAUCGAUUUGGUAACUGGGUAUGAAUCGAAUGGUACUAUGGAUGUCCAUCCCUCUGUUUGUGAUCACUUGGUAGGAGCUAAUGAAAAUGCCUGGUUAAUUAGUGGUGUGGAUAAAAAUGAUUUUAUCAGUGGCAAAGAAAUCCGAAUGACAUCACCCUUUAUUGACCCUGGUGAGUUGGGUGAAAUUUUUAGAAUUAAGUGUUCAUACGGUGUUGACAGAUGUUGGCUCUAUAUUGCUAAAUCUGGAUUUGAGAAGUGGUUGUUCCUCAUUGACCCUGGUGGACUCAAAACUUGUUUUAGUGAUAAUGAUUCAUUCAGUUUGGAACGUGGUGAUAGUUGGAAGCUAGUUCUGGAUGAUAAUUCAAAAUGGAGGCUUUUAAAUGUUUGA